AUGAGGAGUAUAGAAUCGGAUUGGGAUGACAAUUCUGACAGCAAUAAUGCUAACGAUUCCGACCAUAAGAUUCUGUCGGCCAUCGAUAAGAUCCGAUUCCAAAAGCAAAAGCCGACAUUUCAGCGCAUUUUUGAGAAAUUUAAGAAACGAGACUUGAAUUGUCUUUUGGCCGACCAAAUGCUCGAAUGUCGGGACGCUAUCAGAAGCGCAGUCGACAGGAGUGUCAUCAAAGAGGUUGAGGACAAAGAUCACAACGACGUCUCUUAUCUGCCAUUUGAUUAUGUGGUCAAAAGAGGGCCAACUUCUCAAUCUUCGAGUAGUAGUCAAACUGUAAAUAUAUCUAAAGACAAACCGCCGAAGAAGAGAAGAAAGCUAUGCUCUGAUGGAAACACAAGCAGAAGGAACUGUUCAAUCGAUUCCAGCAAUUACUCGAUUGAAUCGGAUUUUGAUACUUAUAAGCCGAAAGAGAAGACCAAAACUGAUGGCUCUGUUAUGUCCACCUCUUCUUCUUUCUUUGCGGACAACGAAAUGGAUUCGAGUUCAGUCGCCUCAGCCUCUGUCUCACAGUCGACCCCUUCCUCCUCUGCGUCUCUCAAUUUACCGAAGAAAUCAGUGGAUCUUUCGAUGAAAAUGCAACCAAAAAGUGCAAAAAGGAGUCUUUCGGCUGAAGAAAGAGAAGUGCAAAUGUCUCGUUACGACUUUGCCGACUGGGUAUCGGAGACUUUGCCACAACAGUCGCCAUUCAUUGGCCAAACGGGCGAUCGUGUCGUUUACUUAAGAGACGCUCACUUGGAAUACAUGGCCGAAGAGCUCGAACCACUUAAAGCACAUUACGAGCGCUUCAAAUGCAGUUACAAACAGAUUACGGCUGACAUUAAAAGCGAUGAUUACAUAAUAUACGCCAAAAUAGCAGACAUUAAGUUCUAUCAAAUCGAUUUCAUUCAGUUUUCAGUCAUUUAUUUGGAGAGCGUAUCGCUUGAAAAGCCGUUUCAAUUCACUGUAUUGUAUCGACCGAACCGUAAAGUCAACGACUUUUUAGUAUUGGAGAAAAUGUAUUUAAAUCCGGAGAACAACGUGUGGACCACGGGAUCAAAGUUCAAGUCACUCAUCCGCACCAAACGCAUCACGUGGUGGAUGGGAGCCAUCAAAAGGAGGUCUGCAUUCAAACAUAGAUAUCCCGAUUCGCUGUAUAAGUGUUUCGAAGUGGUCUGGAAUAACGGCGACAAAGGGAGACUCAGUCCGUGGGAAAUGUUUGAAGUCGAGCCGUCACUCACCGGCAAACUGAAUGGCAUUCGCGUUUCGCCACAGGAUUUUCUUGCGUUGAAUUAUAAGCCCUCAGUCACCGAAUGGCCAGAAGUGGAAAACAUUGAGUUUAAUCUCUGGCGCUGUUAUGAAUGCAAACGAAUCUAUUCUGGCAUUAAGUUUCUCGAAGAACGCGUUCACAAAGGAUUAUUCAAUCUAUUCAAAGACUUGCGACAACGCGAAGAGAUUGCAUAUCCUAUUACUAUAAAAAGCAUUAAGGAUAGACUCAAGAAUAUGUUUUACCGACGAAAGUCUGCCGUCGUUUCGGACAUUAAAUUAUUGCGAAUUAACGCACGAUUAGGGCUGAAGAAGAAUGAGUUGCAAUUUUGCGACGAUUUUAUUGAAUUACUUCUUAAUAUUAUUAAUGAUUGUAAAGCCAUUAGUGGGAACCAAUUCGCGCCGUAUAUCAAGAAAUAUCAUCACAUAUUUGAGUCGAAUAUUCACACCGAUAGUCAUGUUUCGGGCAUUUUUAAGGAGCAUUCAUACGACAAACCCAUCCCAUCGUCGCUCACCACUCCUGAAGUGCGACCGAAAACUAAUCCAUCAAACAAUAAGAGCCAAACCGUAUCAAAGUCUUCAGCGCAGUCUUCGAACACAAUUAAAAAACGCCGGAAACGAACCGCAAGUGAGAGUCAGGUGACGGCGAAGAAGGUUGAGAUAACCGAAAGCCAAACGUGGAAAACGGAUUCAUUGAAAUUCAUUGACGAUCUCUUCCGAGUCGAAGAAUUCCAACCAUUCAGAGAAGCCGUUGACAACAAUGUAUAUCCCCUUUAUCUGACAGUCAUCUCAAAUCCCAUGGAUUUAAGUCUAAUUCAACACAAAUUGACGACCGAUGCAUAUGUGAACCCAAAGGAAGUGAGAGAAGAUUUUCGGCUGAUAUGCGACAACUCUAAGCUCUUCAAUAAGAACGCCAAAUCGGCGAUCCGUCAGAUCACUAAACGACUGUCCACUAAAUGUGAGGACCGAAUGCGCGAAAUCAUAGUCGACUGGGAAAGGGUUCUCCAUUACGAACACAAACAGAAGGAGAGGCCGGGUUAUGGAGUGCGAGAGCCCACCUCUCGCAACCAGUUGUGGGGAUACGGCGCUCAACAGUACUACUAA